AUGAAACUGCAAGUCCGAGAUCGCCAUGUGGUUAUGGACAAUGGCAUCCUCAGAGUGACACUGUCAAAGCCAGAUGGCAUUGUGACCGGCAUUAAGUACAACGGCAUAGACAAUUUGCUUGAGAUUGCUAACGAGGAAUCGAAUAGAGGGUAUUGGGACUUUGUUUGGAGUCCUCCGGGAAGCACUGGAACUACAGGAACAUUUGAAUUGAUCCGUGGGAAAAAAUUUGAAGUUGUGGUGCAGACAGAGGAACAAAUCGAGCUAUCAUUCUCAAGAACAUGGGAUAUAAGUGAGCAGGGCAAGUUUGGACCACUAAAUAUAGACAAAAGAUUCGUGAUGCUCCGUGGCUCGUCGGGCUUCUAUUCAUAUGCAAUUUACGAGCAUUUAGAAGGGUGGCCGGGUUUCAACCUCGACGAGACAAGAAUUGUUUUCAAGCUGAGAAAAGACAAGUUUCGUUACAUGGCAAUGGCGGACAACCGGCAGAGAUAUAUGCCGUUGCCGGACGACCGGUUAGCCGGGAGAGGAGAAGCCUUAGAUUAUCCAGAGGCUGUGCUUUUGGUGAAUCCAAUUGAGCCUGAAUUUACAGGUGAAGUGGAUGAUAAGUACCAAUAUUCAGGUGAUAAUAAAGAUGUGAAGGUCCAUGGUUGGAUAUGUGAGGACCCAAUUGUGGGCUUUUGGGUAAUUAUGCCCAGCAAUGAAUUUCGAACUGGCGGGCCCAUCAAACAAGACCUGACUUCACACGUUGGACCUAUUGCACUUUCUAUGUUUGUGAGUGCUCACUACGGCGGGGCAGAUUUAGUAGUGAAGUUUGGAGAAGGGGAGGGAUGGAAGAAGGUUUUUGGUCCGGUUUUUGUUUAUCUGAAUUCUGUAGACCCUCAAGAACCCGACCCGCUUUUGCUUUGGGAAGAUGCCAAACUUCAGGUGUUGGAACAAGUUGAAAAUUGGCCCUAUAGUUUUCCAGCGUCACAGGACUUCCCAAAAUUAGAUGAGAGGGGCAAUGCCGGUGGCAGAUUACUUGUUAGAGACAGAUUCUUAAGUGAGGAUGAUAUAGUGGCAAAUGGUGCUUACGUUGGUUUGGCACCUCCAGGAGAAAUCAGAUCUUGGCAAACAGAAGGCAAGGGAUAUCAGUUCUGGACAACAACAGAUGACAAUGGGUACUUUUCCAUUCAGAACAUAGUAAGUGGGGACUAUAAUCUAUUCGCAUGGGUCCCUGGAUUUAUUGGGGACUUCAGACACGAUGUAUCUAUUACCAUAAGCCCAGGGGACAACAUCGAUGUGGGAGAACUAGUGUACGAGGCCCCGAGAGAUGGGCCCACGCUAUGGGAGAUAGAUGUACCUGAUCGUACGGCCCAGGAAUAUUUUGUACCAGAUCCCAAUCCUAACUAUAUUAACAAACUUUAUGUCAAUCAUCCUGACAGGUUUAGGCAGUAUGGAUUAUGGGAGAGAUAUGCUGAAUUGUACCCAAAUGAGGAUUUAGUUUACACUGUUGGGGAGAGCAAUUAUGCCACAGAUUGGUUCUUUGCCCAUGUUACCAGAAGAAAAGAAGAUAAUACGUAUGAAGCAAGUACGUGGCAAAUUAAGUUCAAAGUGGAUAUGGUUGACCCGAGUGCAAUAUACACAUUGAGAAUUGCACUUGCUUCUGCAAAUCAAGCUGUAUUAGAGGUUCGAAUCAAUAAUCCGGAUGAAAACCCUCCAUUAUUUACUAGUGGAUUGAUUGGAAAAGACAAUGCUAUCGCGAGGCAUGGUAUUCACGGAUUGUAUUGGCUGUUCGAUGUGGGAGUUUCGGGUACUUCACUUGUUGAUGAGGAGUACAACACAAUUUAUUUGACACAGUCAAAUGCUAAGGGCCCAUUUCAAGGCCUUAUGUACGACUACAUUCGUCUCGAGGGCCCGUGGUAA